AUGACUUCUUUAUUUCCAGACCAGCCUUCGAAAGAAACCGCUUCCGGGCAGGAGGGGCAGACCAUAGAGAAGGGCUUGGCGUUGGAACCCAACGACGCCAGGAACCCCUCUCUCGAUGACUCUUCCGUUGACGGGUCAAACUUCGUUCGAGCUCAACUUGGGCUGGACUCGCUCAAUCCUGACUUUUCACUUCCGCAAUACCUCUUGUCUCGUCAGAUAGACGUUGCCGUUAAAGACAAUGCACCAAUCGAUCUCUCCAAGUUCCAAUCGCCGUUUACCUGGUCGACCAAGAAAAAAAUUACCAUCCUGUCAGGAACCUUUAUGGCUUCGAUGCUUGCAGCCUACUCUGCCGGUGCUUACGCCCUUGCCUCAGAACCGCUGAGGCACAAGUGGAAUGUCGGCGACACGGCCUUCAACGCAGGUAUCACCUUGUUUGUGGGCGGCUUUGGCUGUACGCCCAUGAUCCUUGCACCCGUGAGCGAACUGCACGGUCGAUACUGGGUCUUUGUUGGCUCUGGAGUUGUCUUCUUCCUCGGUACCCUAGGUUGCGCACUCACGGAUAGUUACCCCGGCAUGUUGGUCUCCCGGUUCGUCACUGGAUGUGGUGCUGCCGUCUUUGCAACACUCACAGGAGGUGUUGUGAGCGACCUCUACCACAAACAAGAUCGUAACACACCUAUGGCGCUUUACUCUCUCUCAAUCAUGGUCGGCACAGGCCUUGGACCACUGGUCAGUGGAAUUGCCGUCGAUCACUUGGGGUGGAGAUGGAUCUUUUAUCUUCAACUCAUCGCCAUCGGAGCCACGACGGCAGUUCUCUUCCUCUUCUUCGGAGAGACGCGCAGCAAUGUGCUCUUGAGGAGAAUGUGCAAAGAGCUCAACACCAUGCAGUACGAAACGGCGACUGGAGCGAUCGUGCAAUUCUCUCCCUCUGUCGCAGAAGCCCUGCACCUCGACAUCAGCAUCAUCUGGAGAAGCUUUGCGUUCCCCCUUAAGCUGCUAGUCACCGAGUCUGUUGUGUUUUGGUUUUCCGUCUGGGCUUCGUUCGCUUGGGCUAUUCUGUACAUGCAGUUCAGCAGUAUCGGAAUUGUUUUUAGAGGCGUUUACGGCUUUAACAGCACCCAAGUGGGAGCGGUUUAUACGGCAGUCAUUGUUGGAUCGAUCCUCAGCAUCUUUUUGGCACUCGUUCAAGAGCCUAUUGUUCGAAGAGUCUUCCCUCACAAGGCCCCAUCAAGUACUCCCGAACAGCGUCUCUUCUCUCCCUGCGUCCAAUCCAUCCUAUUGCCUAUCGGCUUGUUCUGGUUCGGAUUCAGUGCGAAAACCAGCGUAUCUUGGGUUUCGCCAGCGCUGGCUGUGGGCUCCUGCACAAUGGGAAUUUUCAGCAUUUAUCUGGCUGUGUUCAAUUACCUGGCCGACACCUAUCAUCAAUACGCCUCGUCGGCCCUGGCAGCCCAGAGUCUCUGCCGGAAUCUAUUGGGAGGAGUGUUUCCGCUCAUCACAGCGCGCAUGAUCUCAAGCUUGACAUUGGGAGGUACAGGAGGUUUGCUCGGUGGUCUUGGAUUGCUGUUGACUACUAUUCCUUGGUUGUUGUAUUUCUUUGGACGCAAGAUUCGGUCGCGGAGUCCGUUUGCCAGGGAGAUGGAGCAUUAG